AUGCGCUCUUAUUUCCGGCUGUCUGGACUCGCCAGCAGCUCAUCAAAAUGGCCUUAUGUCACAACGCCUGUCCAUACUCAUAACCCUGGGAGACUCAAGUCAUCUUCAUCAUACUCACUACAGACUUCCUCAUUUACUGGAGACUCCUCGUCUCGGCAGGUAUUCUCUCGAGAUAGCGCCUCUGUCGACGGAUUGGUUUCAUGCACGAGGUCAAAGGGCCGGGAUAAUCAUCAGCACCAUGCUGGUGAGACUAGGCACCUGAUCAAGCCUCAUGUACGAUCUGAGCGCAAGCUACGCACUCCAUCCGACCCAGUUCUGUCGCUCGGCACCAAAUCUGCGUCCCAGCAUGACCUUAAGCUGCAGAGACAGACCACGGCGAAGUCUGCUCCAAAGCCUGACUACAAAGACCAAAAUAAGUGUGCAAAACAAAGGGACCAAAAGGAUUCCGGCUCACCGGUAGUGGUAAAGGCUGCCUCGAACUCGUCUCCACGCACUAUAUCAUUUGUAGCAGGGUCCAGGAAAGAGAGGGAUGCUCAGUUCGCAAAGCUGCAAGACGUGAAGACGAAGUCUGCUCUGAAACCUGACCACGAAGCAGGAAACCGGCCUGACUUGCAGAAUCCUCCAUUGAGCCGGGCAAAACGCAAACGGCCUACGCCAACGAGCAUCACGGAGUCUGUACUGCAGAAACAUGGCGUUCACCUCUACACCCUCGCACCGAAAUGUAAGACUGACCUAUCGUUUCGGAAUCCGAGAAGUCUUGAAAGACAUGGUGCUGUGGAUACCAUCGCCGAGUUCAAAUCCAGUGCUCUGUACGGCACGCGUCUACAAGAUGUGCUAUCUCGGUUCUUGGACAGAACAGGACGAAUAAGCAGUCGGCGAUGUGAGAGUACAACAGCGGAGCAAUAUGUAACGCAACAGGAUUGGCACGCUAAAAGCAGAGCUUGGAUCCAUACCGUCCAAUCCUUGGACCAUAAAUUGGUUGGUGUCGAAGCUCGUACAAUGGCUGCUCAAGGGUUCAACCAGGACGAUCUACGACAUUGGGCUGUCAUCGUACUGGAGAAAGUCAAUACAGCUACAGAACUCUUAACAUCAGAGAAGAGGAUUCCGACAUUUCUGAUGCUACUAUACCUCAAAAGAAGCCACAUUCCGCCUUCUUGUCUUGAGAACUUUCUCAAUCUUCUGUCUGCCCUUGUGAACAGAUCAUUGCACGAGAAAAAGGACACUGUUCUGAAAGAAAUUCAAAGUGCGCGUUUUUUUGUGCUUGUGGCAGUCCGUUUGCUUAGACAUGCUCGCCAAAAUGAUAUCCGCAUGCUCGAGCUGGUGGUACAACUCAUUUUAUCAACGUAUGGUAAUGUCAUUCAAGAGCAUGUCAGACAACAUAAGCAACGCGUUGAAGAAGCUGCAAAGGUCUCUCACAUUUUCAAUACCAUUCUCCAUCUCGUUGGCCUUCCUGGAAAACACUAUUCCGGCACAGGAGGACGUGCAAGUGCCCAAGCGAGGCUACAAUUCGAUAUAUUGCAUUAUAUGAAUGGCUUCGAGCCACCCCUGCUAGUCUCAGAGCGUGGAUAUCAUGGUCUCGUGCGUGUUCAGGUGGACCAGAAUAAGACUGAGCCAGAACGAAAAUGGGCGAGCCUCAAAGCGAAGUCAUGGCCUCCGUGGAAAGCUGACAAAACUGGACUCGACGCUUUCAUUACCCCCGAACAUGGCAUCUCCCGGUCCAACCAGGUCAUAAGAUGGAUGCAACAAGCAGGAUACCCUAUACCGCCUUGGGCCCGUGCGGCUUUGAUAUAUUCUGGAUGGGAUACUGACGGAAGCCCUACGAUACAAACUCGUGCGAUUCUACCUGAGCUUGGACACAUGGUUCAAAAGCUUCGUGAGGAUACUAUGAUAUGGAUGGCAAGAAUCCAGUCCACGAGGACAUUGAACGAGUCCUGGGCUUGUUUCUUGGCGUAUGAGCAAUCUAUUCGUCAGCAAGCAGAGGAUACCAGACGAAAAUUGAACGAAUGUGCAGCCGAAAUUCAGACACUGAAGACGAAAAUCAUGGAAUUUGAAGAAUCAGAGUCGUUAGAUAAUUGGAUAGACAAGGCGACAGACAAAAAAAGUAGAGAACGGGGACUAGAAUACGACGCGAUGAAAACUGUUCUGAGAGCAUGGGAAGCAAAACAAUUGGAGCUGGAAGAUUGGAAAGCGAAUGCCCGGAACGACAUCUAUUUCGCUAUGUUUAAAAUGUUGUUUCAAGCCCGGAUGGAUUCGCGCUAUUAUGGUAUUAAUGAUGAGCUCUCUGAUUCUAUCCUCCCGGGAGACACGCCCGUUGUCGCACCAGAACCAACCUCGCCAUACGAACGAAUCCACGUCGAGCGCGCAGCACCUUCGGUAGAGACAUUUCUUGAGGAGAUGAAAGUUGAAGGUAUCCGGCCUACAGGCAGGUUCCUUUCGUUUCUGCUCCGCUAUGCACCUCAUCUGGAGUUCGCCAAGGCUGUCGUUGCCAUUGGAAAUGGGACCCACAUACGGGCUGUGCGCACAUACUUUGAGAACCCCAAUCACCAGAUGGGUCGGUGGAUAGCACGCAAGCCUGACCUUCUAUUAGGCUAUGUGCGCAUGUUAAUGGGGGGCCUCCAUACCGACUCGACUACCUGGGCAGAGUUGAAAGGACCAACAGUUAAGCUGUCCGCAUUACCGGAACUGGCGGCCAACGAGAACUCCCUGUACGACCAUCUUCAAAACAUCCUGUACACUCCUCAGGCGUUCGCCCGGUUUCAUGUUAUUGUGAACGCGCUUUUGUUCCACGCUCUUGCGCACGAUUCACUUUGGAGCGUGGUCUUUGAUGCCAUUUAUCGCGCAAGGGAAAGGAAGCGCGUCAAGACUUCAGCAAUAGCACAGAAUCCCUAUAUUCUAAGCUUUGACUAUGUCCGGCACAUUGUGCAACAACUGGAAGAGAAGCACGUGACUCUCGGUCCGCAGUCUUUCAAGGUUCUCUGCAUCUGUGCGCUACAAGCUGCCCUCGCAACCGCCGAACACACCUACUAUCCUCCCGAGGAUGUCCAGCACAGGCAUCGUGACAUUGCACUCUUCCUCCGUGCGCAGUUCCUGGUCAUGGUCUCCAGAGUCAAUAUGCGUGAUCUCGGGGACCCGUCACAGGACACUUCGCGCUCGAUCUUACUUCGCACUCCCUCGCCGAGAAUCUUGCAUCACUAUGUACGUGCUCUUGGUGCCCUUCAUGACGUGGAAGGCAUAUUCUCGCUGGUUUCAUUCAUGGAGUGGCACAAGGAUGACCUGCAGGGAUAUACAGAGGAUAUUGUGUCGGGGUCGCGUGACUUCGCAAAGCUCAUUGUGGCUAUAAGAGUCUGUAUUGAACGCAGUUGGAGACCGCAGAACCCCUCGAAUACGGAAGCAAAUGAGACAUUGACGUUGCUCAUCAAGCAGAAAAUCGAGAGCAUCCCGCAAUGGGGCGGGUGGCCUGAUGAUGAGCAGGUGAAGCUAUACUGUGGGCAAUUUUGCACAAAUGAUCAUUGGAAGCGGGUAUAA